UGAUAACGGAAAAAGAGCAUUUUAAAACUAAUUUAACAAAAAUACUGUAAUAAAAGCUGUAGAAAGGGAAAUGGGCAUUCCAGUGCAAGGGAAAAUGUGAGUCAGUAACUGUAUGAGUUCCAGCAAUUUUUUUUUUAAAUCCAUCUGUAACGUGGAGCAACAGUCACCAGAAGAGGAAUCUGGCAAGGCAAAUUGUUGCCUCCACCUCUGAAACAAGAAUUUGUGGGUAUUUUCAGAGCAGGAGCCUGGAUUUAGUGAACCUGUAAGCUAUGGUAUUGGGCUAUAUCUUCCAACAGCAUCAUUAAGAAGCAAUUGGUAGCCUUAGACUGUAGAGAAACCACUGGUCUCAUUUAACUUAAAGCAAUGAGUAAGGAGGUGCAAGGAAAGGAUCUCUUGAAGGACCCUUUGCUUAUUCUUACUAAAAAAUCCUAUAUCUAUGAAGUGAUUUAAUUGUAUCAUCUGUGUAAACUUUGCUUUUACAUAGCAUGGUCCAUAUCUUAAUAGUGAAGGGAUGCUUGUGUGGACCACCUGUUUCCUUUUCACGGUCAGAGUGUUUCUACAGAAAGCAUGUUGAUUGCGUGAUAAGUAACGUUAAACGCUUAGCAAUCAAACGUGACAUUGGAGUUGAAAAGAAGAGGCUGUGACUCUCUGAGGACUACCACUAAGAUAGAGACCACGUAUGGGUGGUACAUCACAGUUUGAAAAUCACCCUGCAAUCUCCAGCCCUCGAACAACUUGGAAGAUGCGGAGGGAGGUAGCAAUGUGACCUUUAUAAAUAGCUGAGUUAUGCUUGAUUUCUUUUUUUUUUUCUUGUGGCUUGGAUAUGGAGAAGCACACACAGCCCGUGUGACUUUGAAAACUUGAACGGAAAUGAAACAGGAAGCCAGAUCCUUUCACAGCUUGUUGAUCUGUGAAGACGAGCUAAGUCUGUAGAGACUCAUUUUCCACCCCCAGCAAAAGAAGUCAGGGGAGAGAAAUCCAGCUGGGGGAAUACUCUGGAGAGGAGAUGCAGAGGCGACAUGACAGAAAGGCAAGUAAGAACAGAGACCAGUCCCCGGAGCAAGAAAAACGAAGCAGAAUUAACCACUCAAAGAGAAGUGUUGGAAGGCAUGAGGUGCAGUCCUGGACAACAGCCACCAAGCAAUCCUUGUGUCUCCUGUGGCAAAAAGUGAAAGUGCAGCUAAUGCUAAGCAUGUCUUUCCUCAUUGCUGUUUUUUGGUAUUGCAGAAGGCUAUACAGCUUUUUAGCACAGCUACUGAAACGGUGGAGCAACUACCUUCAAAGAAAACUCAUAAGUAAUCUCAGUGUGCUGACAGAAGUUGAUCUACUUGGUUACAGUGCGAGAGAAUGGAAAGGAGAAACAAAGCAGGCCAAACACAUGAGGGAGGCAUAUGAAGAAUUGUUUUGGAGCUGUCAUAUCAAAUACCUGCGACAAGUCAGGAGGGACAACUAUUGUGUACUAAGAGCGGUGCUUUUUCAGAUAUUCAGCCAAGGCAUUCCUUUUCCAUCAUGGAUGAAGGAGAGAGAUAUACUGAAGCUCCCUGAAAAACUUUUGUAUUCUCAAGGUUGCAACUGGAUUCAGCAAUACAGUUUUGGGCCAGAAAGAUACACAGGUCCCAAUGCCUUUGGUAAAUUGCGCAAAUGUAUGGAAACAUUAAAGACAAACUGGACUGAAAUAAGUGCUACUAAAGAUCAUGAAGAAAGAGGAAACAUGUGUAAUGCACUCUUUUCUGAUGAGAGCAAGGAGCACAAACUAUAUGAGGCUAUAAAAUUCAUCAUGCUCUACGAAGUUGUCGAAGCCUAUGAGCAGAUGAAGAACAGGGAGGAACCCAUACACAACCUUUUUAGCCUUCUCCUUGCUCGUGAUUCUUCGUCUGACCCUUUGAGUUUCAUGAUGAAUCAUCUGAACUCCAUAGGUGACUCUAUUUGCCUAGACCAGGUUGAACUGUUUCUUCUUGGAUACUUACUUGAAGUAAAGAUAAGAGUUUACAGACUGCAUAGGUUUAAUACUGAGGAAUUUCAAGUAAACUAUCCAGAUGAAUACCGAAGGGAAUGGAAUGAGAUUUCUCUCCUGACAGAGGAUGACCGCUACUAUCACAUCCCCCUUUUCAGAACGUGAAGGACCAGUGACUUUUUUUCCUUUGUAUAAUAUAGUGAGUGACCAGUUCCAGUGAAUGAGGUUUCCAAUCGGCAGCAGUAAGAUUUUGAGAAUGCUCGUUAAUGAUUACAAAAUGAUUUAUGGAUUUAUUGUGUAAACAUUUUGCUUUCCCACUGCAGCUCAGUUCACCAUCAGUCAGCCAUAAAAACCAUAAAAUAUGUUGCUAUACUGUUUGGGGGGAAAAAAUGUCAUAUUUGAGGGUUGUCAGACAAAAAAGAUUGGACUGUAUGACAAAGAAGGCAAAGGUGAUGCUGGGUUUUCCAUUGCUAGCGUAAGGGUUUACUAUGACAGCUCUGGAUGCGUUAAACUCAAGUUCCGAAAGCAAUUACUGCCUUUCCCUCGUCUGUCUCUAGCUAGGGAGGAUGAAUCAUAGAGGAAGCAACUCCCGGGGUCCCGCAGUUUAUACUCCAGGCCAUUAAGCUUGCAUUGUGUUGGGGCUACCUGGGAUGGGAGGAUGUAAACUGGGGCCUCUGCGUAGCUGCUUCACAUCCCGUUUGGCUUCUCCCAUUCCUGGACCACCUCCUUCCAGGGACGGGCAGAGCAAGCAGCUGCAGGCUGCACUUGCUUCAGACACGUGAAAUUAAGCUGUCUGCACUCAGUGCUGAUACCUGAAGGUGAAGAAGCGUUACACAGGGGAGGAAAAAAACCCAACGCAUGCAAGAAUACUGUGCCAGAUGAACGGAAGAUCUACUUUAUAACUGAGGAAAGUACAUAAGCUUUCUCAAAGCUAGGAAGGGCAGUAUUAAUUAAUAAGUAACAUGCAAUAGAGUUAGAUCCGGUAGCUGCAAGUGGUUUUUGUCAACUUGCAAAUCCUUUAAGGGCUGAUUUCAACAUUACCUGCCGAGAUUUCCUUUGCACUUCAUCUGAGAAAGCUGUGCACAGAAUACAUUCACAAACACUGCAUUUUCAGAAAAUAUUAAUUUUCUAUGCAUUGUGUGAGUUCAGCAGUGUGUAUACAUGUUUUAUCCUCUUGAGUAUAUAUUAAUCUCCUUGCAUAAGAUGGCUAUCUUCAGUUUAGACUUCAAUGUUUGAAGAAGUCUGUCUGGGACAACUAAAUGAGAUUUACCUUAUUACGUGGAACAUUUUGCCCCGUUCUAUUUUCUAAAAGAAUCAAUUGUGUUUUGAUAAUUUCAAAAAUAAGGGACCUUAAUUUGAAGAAAUAUUAAAAUGAUAUAGCAGAUCUAGCAAAAUAUUUGUGAAAAGCUUACAAUGCCGUAGGCAUAAGGUUGUAUUGAAGAAAGUGGGGUUUAUUAAGAAACAAAGUCUCUCCUUUCCUUAUCCUAGAGAUAUGGGGAUGGGCAGGUUUGCUUUUUAAUUCCUGCAGGAGAAAAUACAAGCCAGUAACAAAAAUGUGAACAGGGCCUGCAGGAGCUAAAGCAGUUGCAUGAGGGAACUAAAUGGUAAUGCUUGGAGUGCACGGAGAGCGCUCCGUUCCUUUGUGUAAAGGAAAGCAAUUUUAUCCCUUACAGUCCUUUUAUUUGUAUGUAUAUGUAUAUAUAUUUAAAACACAAGUACCUGAAUUCUGUAUUGUAACAGUUUUGUUUCCUGAAAGUUUUUCUGAGUUCAGUUUUGUUCAAUAAUUUGUAGCUUUUAAUUAAGAAGGCUUGAUAUCUAUAAUAAUUUCAUCUCAUCAAAACCUGCAUAUUAAAUACUUUAUUUAUUAAAGAAGCUUUUUUUCACUGAAUGAAAUAAUUUGCCUGCUUUAGAUUUGGUUCUGCUCUGCGUGGGGAAAUGUUACAAUGCCGGAGAGUAGGGUAUCGCUGUCUAUUUUGCAUCAACAGUAACAUUUACAGUUAUCAAUAAACUUGUCUAUAUUUUAUUCUUGGUUUGGUACAAGCAGACAUACCAAAAAAAAGGAUGUAUUUUUAUAGUGGGCUUUUUAACAGUUUGCCUAUUAUUUAUGAAUUGGAAUACAAAAGCAUUACAGCUGACAGUGUUAAAUUUUCAAAAUGUACGGUUUUGUAAUCUUGAGCAUAUUAAUAGCAGGGAUUAAUAAAGAUCUAACACAGAGAGCGGAAA